AUGUCGUGUCCUCUCUAUGCAGCGCAGCUCGUGGCAAUACUACUUCGCAUUCGAGUUCAAGUACUCAGGCUAACCUUUAAUCCAGCUGUUCUCUCCGAAAUCGAGUCUCAAAUAUCUCCUGUCCUCCUCCAGCGCGCGCGAGCGGUCGCUGCCGAACACAAGCAAUUGGCGGCAGCCAAUGCAACCGAGUACGAUGUCAGCAUUGCAAAGAAAAUCGGCGAACUGAGCCCGGUCGCCCAAGCACUGAAGGAGUGGGAAGAUGCUCAAAAUUCACUCGUCGAACUCCAAGGUCUGCUAGACGACCCCUCGUCAGACGCGGAAAUACGCAGUCUGGCGCAGUCAGACAUUGAAUCGACGGUCGCGGAACUGCCUGCGCUGACGUCCCGGCUCAAGAAGUCGCUGGUGCCCGCCCACCCGUUUGCCAACCUGCCGUGCAUGAUCGAGAUACACCCGGGGGCCGGGGGCAGCGAGGCGUCGCUGUUCGCGCACACGCUGCUGGAGAUGUACCAGGGGUUCUGCGCGCGGAUGAAAUGGCCGACGCAGCUGGCGUCGUACACGGCGGACGACUCGGUGUCGGACAAGGCGCUGACGGAGGCGCUGCUGGAAAUCAACCAGCCGGGCAGCUACGAGAUGCUGCGGUCUGAGGCGGGCGUGCACCGCGUGCAGCGCGUUCCCGCGACCGAGAAGAAGGGCCGCACUCACACCUCGGCCGUGUCGGUGCUGGUGCUGCCCGUCCUGCCGGAGACGGGCGGCGAGUCGGACCUGGACUACGAAGACCCAAACUCCGACUACUACAUCGCGCCGCCGGACGUGCGGUCCGAGACCAUGCGCGCCCGCGGCGCCGGCGGCCAGCACGUCAACAAGACCGACUCGGCCAUCCGGCUGACGCACAUCCCCACGGGCAUCGUCGUCAGCAUGCAGGACUCGCGCUCGCAGCACAAGAACCGCGAGAAGGCCUGGCAGCUGCUCCGCGCCAAGAUCGCCCAGUUGAGGCGCGAGCAGCGCGACGCUGAAAUCACCGCUAUGCGUCGCAGCGUCAUGGGCGGCGUCGCCAGGUCUGGCCGCGAAGAUAAAGUCCGCACCUACAAUUACUCGCAGAACCGUGUCACCGACCAUCGCAGCGGGAGCGAGACCUCGAACCUCGACGCCGUCCUGGCCGGCGAGGAGCCGCUUGAGGCCAUCAUGCAGAGUGUCAGGGAGUGGUUGAGCGAGAAUGAAGUCAAGGGUCUGUUGGCCGAGGAGGAGCUCAAGGAUAAAGCGAAACAGAACGAAAAGGAGAAUCAAAAAGAGAAUGGGAAGAAAUGA